AGCACAUCAUUGCGGAGAACCGCUGUUGUCAGACGCGUUACUCGGAGUGGGAGUGGGGGCUAUGGACGAUCUAUCGAGAGAUUCGCCUCUCAGACUGGAGCAGCCCUCUCUAAAACAUAUACUUUGUCUCAUCCACGAGCUGCGAGUCUACCUGAAAAAUGAGAGGCAUACACAACGAUCGGUGAUCUCUGUGUUUCUCGGUUGUCAGCAAGAUACGCUUUAGACUUAAUACGGACUGUUUUUUGUUCUCGUGGAUGUCUCACUUGGAUAUGGCACAUAUCUGGAUCCAAUAAGAGAAUUGCACAGCGUCAGACGCGUCUGCGGCGGGGAGAGACCAGUGGAGGGACUCGGAAACUUGUGUGGUGCAGGAGACGGUCUCUCUUUUCGAAUCGGCGCUGCCACAGCUGUCUCAGUGAGAAAGGGAGAGGGAGAGAGAGAACCAUGUUGAACUCCCUCAUACUGAUGCUCAGCUGGACUGUGAUCUCUGGGGUGGCGAGAGCUCAGAAUGACACGGAGCCUAUUGUCCUGGAGGGGAAAUGUCUCGUGGUCUGCGACUCUAACCCGACCACGGAUUGGAAGGCUUCCUCCUCUCCGCUUGGCAUCUCCGUGCGCGCUGCCAACUCCAAGGUGGCUUUCUCUGCAGUCCGGAGCAACAACCACGAACCGUCGGAGAUGAGCAACAAAACGAGAAUAAUCUACUUCGACCAGGUUCUUGUGAAUAUAGGGAACUAUUUCACAUUUGAAUCAGUAUUUUUGUCCCCAAGAAAAGGAAUCUACAGUUUUAACUUCCAUGUCAUUAAAGUGUACCAGAGCCAAACCAUACAGGUGAACUUGAUGUUGAAUGGGAAACCAGUCAUCUCUGCCUUUGCGGGUGACAAAGAUGUAACUCGUGAGGCGGCCACCAAUGGAGUUCUGCUCUAUCUAGAAAAAGAGGACAAAGUCUACUUAAAGCUGGAGAAGGGAAACCUCGUUGGUGGAUGGCAAUACUCAACAUUUUCUGGCUUUCUUGUGUUCCCUUUGUAAAAAGAAAAGAAAAUAAUGUGUCGUCACUAUAUAAUCAAAACAUUGCUGCUGCGUCCGUUGGAUCUUGCCAAGUUGUUGAGAAAGUGGAUCCGAACAGAGAGAGGAAAUAUGACUUUGGAAAUCAUUCGCAUUCACUGGAUGUGCUGAAUCCCCCGUCAAGAUGAAAGAGACUUGAAAUGUUCCCUAUCGCUACUGUAUGUUCCUGUCACUCAAGCAGCCCCAGAGAGAAAACGCUACAACAUCCCAAAAGUACUUUUUAAACUUUGACUUUACUGAAUAUAUUUAGCAUACAGAUUUUUAUCAUGUGCAACUGUUGCAUUCGAGUAUAUCCGCCUUUUGGUUGUAAACUGUAAAUGCUUGUGUGACUUGUGAUCACCAAAGUAUUCACAUUGUAAGUGUUAGGGGGCGUCUUCUCUGGAGCUAAUUGUUCCCGGUAAAGAGGUGGUCAAAUGAGUCAAAGAAAGACGGUCAAUGCUUAUUGAAAAGUGUGUUUAGUGAAAGGCAUCGGUGGUUUGUUGAGUAAGCUUGCUGGCCACAGGGGCCUCCUGACCCCUUUGGCCCUGGGGCUUCAUCUGCAAUGUCACUGAAACACUCCAAACUACUUCAAAUGACUGUAGAAAGUUGAAAAUGAACCACAAAAUGACCACAGACACACACAAAACAACUACAAAUAGAUGCAAAACAACCACAAGGCUACACAAAAAUGACUACAAAAAGAUGCAAAAACAACUACGCAAACAAGCACAGUGACCAUAAAAAGACACCAAACCACCACAAAUUGAUGCUACAAAGAGACACAAAACGACUACAAACAACUGACCGCUGUGGUCUGCUCUCUCAGUAUGGGGGUCUUACUCAUAGGUCGGAGGGAUCAGGAACCUUUUACAUGUCGGUGCCCGGGGGCCCAUUGUGUUAUAAUCCAUCCAUGAUCAGAGUUCAGAUGUGACCAUAUUUCUGAUCAUGUAGGCUACUGGUAUUUAUGCGUUGCUUUUGACUCAUUAUAGUGGUCAGUUUACUUUGCCUGUCAACACUGUCUUUCAGCAAUAACAUUGAUAAACCUCCAAUUUAUUUUGCCAAAUACAUUUUGGGGCAAAAGUAAUUCUUGCCUGAAUUAUAAUAAGUGGCAAAAUUACAUUCAGUGACUCAUUUUUUUGUAGUGGACUGUGACUCUGAAGACUUGGGUUAGCAUCCCGAGUCUCACGUGUGGCUGGGCUCAGGCGACAGAAGCACUUGGCUAAAGUGGUUGUAAUGAAUAUUUUCAUAUUAACAAUUGGUCACAUGACUACUUGUUUGUGAACUGUCUUGCUUGUGGUGAUAAAUUAUAACCGGACUCUGCAGUUCCCUUUAGAUCGAUGGAGCAUUAUAAUUGUUUAAGCUCAUUUGCUCAUUACAUAUUUUGGUUAACUCUCUGCGCUCUCAUCAACGUUAGUCUCGGCUGCAGCAGGCAUCUAUUUUCAGCAUAAAAGCUUAAACUGCAGAGAGACAAUUUUGAACAUAGUGGAGCAUUUUAGCAGCUAUAGAGGCAGAUCUUUCCAGGAGUUAGUGGAGGCCCAAACAGAACUAAAAGGAGGGUAACAGAAAACAAGAUAUUUGACUUAAAUGAACCAGGGGGAAACAAACAUGACUCCAAAUAAAUGCUGAUGUUGCUUAGAAUCUGCUUGAUGUGUAAAUGGGAAACUGCUUCCUAACAAAGUAAGCCAUACCAACUUAAAAUGUGAUAAUACGUCAUUGUUUACGGUUUGUUUUUUCUGCCCCCAAGUUAUACCGUUAUACCACAAUCCUGACCUUAUACCCUGACAUUAAGCAAGUACUGUGAGUGCCUAAUCGUAACCAUACAAAGUGUUGAUAAUGCUUUAGUUGCUGCAGUACAAGUGGAUAUUGUCAGGAAAAUACAUUGUUAUUAUUUCUCAUUAUGUUGAUAGAAAACACAAUUCAGGCCGCAUUACGUGUCUCCCUAAUUGUAUUGCUGUUGAAAAUGAGUAGUUUAUAAAUGUAAUUUCUACCUGUGUAUUUACAAUAGACCUUGCACAAGUCAGCUUGUAGUUUAUGGACCUCAGUAAGGUUUAAUCGACAUCUGUUGACGUUAACUAGUUAACAUGCAGAUUAUAAACAGAUUACUGCCACUGUCGGUGAGCAUAAACAGCUUCCACUGGGUAGCCUGGGAUAUCUAAUGAAUUAAUAAACUCUUUAAUUAAUGCUCUUGAGCUCAGUGUGCGCUUACAAUAUGUGAUGGCUCUCACCUUCAUGUCUACAGCAGAGGUAGCCUACUGUCUGCCUUACUGCAAUGUGUGCUGCUGGUGCAGUGUCUGCUGCUGAAUUGUUAAAACCAACCUAACAGUUUGCUGGGGCUUUUCUGGAGAGCUUAUUGAAAUCAUUAUUUCACGCCGAAACAUUCAUCUGCACACUCAUCCGAUUGAACCAUACCGGCGCUCGCUUCGGUUGAUCAAAUUUAUGUUGCUACGUCUUGUUUGCUAAAAGAUUUUUGUCAGUGACUGAUGAGUUUGUGUGACCGGAGAACGCUUUGAUGGAAAGGAUUCUUUAGUUUUCUGGUGUGAAUAAAGAGGCAAAGGUAUGAAUGACAGCUGUGUGCAGUUCAGUUGUGUCACACUUCAUACCAAUCAUCGUUCAAGGAAACAGGGCUGAAAAAUGUACACUCAAUACUCAAUCAUAUAGUAUUAACAGUGCAAACAUAAUCACUGACAGGUAUUUGAGAGCACAAGAAUGGUUGCAUUAAUCGAAUGAACUUGCUAUUAAUCAUGACACUAUAUUUAUUUUGUGAAACUGAAACAAUCUAUAUUUUCUGGAUCAACAUCACUUUUCAUUUGUGUCACAUUGUUUGGCUCGUAGUGGCUGUGGAAGCUGGACUGUGCCUCUAAAAGGAAAAUAGCGUCGGUAGGUAAUAACGUUAUUACUUAUUAACUUUGUGUUUAAUUGAUGCAAAUGUAAAUAUAUGGGUUCAAAGGUUGUAACAUGUUCAUUAAAUGUUCCAAUUAAUGUAUUACAGAAUUUUGGUGAUAAAUGAUGAAUAAAAAUUAUGAUUUCUAUAAAGUUAUUUUCAGUUUUUAUUGGCCAGUCAUCCUAUACGCUUUGGGAAGUUUGCUAAUCAGAGCUCUUGUCGCUGUUAUUUGUUAUGGACCACCAUUCAUUUUUAGGGGAGCGCCAAGUAGCUGGAUUUCGAGACAAAACAAAUGAUUAAAACAGAAAC